CAAGAAAACAAACAGAUUACGAAACUCAUUAUGUAUUUACAAAACGUUUCACACAGUUAAAACUUCUUAUAAUGAACUACACUAAUCUGUCAGUUAAAAUUCCCUCUAUGUAGUUUCUUUACUCGUUUCCGUAUUGGAAUCUUGGCAUUGUUGAUCUCUGAUGCUCUGCCUCCAAUGGUGUGCUGAUGCAAAAUUUCAGAUUUUGACGGUCUUUAUGCUUUUGUAAGAUGCUGAAGCCUCACCAUGACCCGUCUUGUUUCAGUAACGAGAGAAUGUCCAAGCAAGUUGAUGUCUCUGCUUACCUGCGAGAACUGGACGAUAUAUAUUUAGGGUUUUGUGGAACUUUUGCAGGCGGCUGUUUCUUCAUUUGGAUAGGCUUGAUGUUGGUGGAAUAGCCUUACAAAUCUCUAAUGUGUUUUUCUUCUUCAAUUCUGAAAAGACUUUCACAACAUCAGGUUUUCGCCAAUCAAAUCAAAAUUAAUGUCACUUCUUCGUUGUAAGGCUCUAAGGCUACCACGGACCAAGUCUCCUUGGAAAUUUGACCAAGUCUUUUCCAAGCCAUAAACAGAUUAAUGCCAUUUCCCUCACUGCUACGCUACUGAGUGUGAACGUGUGUUAAAUUGUUCAAAGUGAUGUGAAUGUAACACAAAUGAUACGUAAGAGAUAUCGAUGUGCAUUUCACUUCUUUGAUCUCAUUGGCGCUCUUAAGCAUAAUCUUCUUCAGUCCCCACUACCAAGACUUUUAGUAAGCUCCAAAUCUUCGCUGAACAUGGAUAUAUAUAGUAGACCCAUCUUCUCCGUCUCUUUGCUUAAAGCAUAUUAUUCUUCUAAAGAUAUUACAUAAUGGCCAUGUCAAGUCUGCGUUUCCAUUUUCUCUUGGUACUCUUACUUCGUUCUGUUUUUGCUUCAAGCGUCUUAAUGAUUGAUGGUCUUGUUGUUGGACUUGCUGCUUGUCGCUCUGACCAGAUUCAAGCACUUCUGCAGUUCAAGAACGAGUUUGAUUCCCGCGGUUGCAACCCCAGUGACUACUUCAACGGAGUCGGGUGUGAUAACACGACAGGUGCAGUCAUGAAGCUACAGCUCCCAAGUGGCUGUCUCACUGGAACUCUCAAACCAAACAGUAGCCUCUUCGAUUUGCAUCAGCUUCGUUACCUUAAUCUCUCUCACAACGAUUUCAAUUCCUCUUCACUCCCUUGUGAAUUCAGCAAUCUCAACAGAUUAGAGGUUUUGUCUCUUGCCUUUAGUAGCUUUACUGGUCAAGUUCCUUCCUCAAUUAGUAACUUAAGCAUGCUCUCCUCUUUAGAUGUUUCCCAUAACGAGCUCACCGGUAGUUUCCCACUUUUACAGAAUCUAACCAAACUCUCUAUUUUAGACAUUUCCUAUAAUCAAAUCACUGGAAACAUCCCUUCUUCUCUACUCACAAUGCCUUUCUUGUCAAUACUUGAUUUGACUGAGAACCAUCUCACCGGUCCUAUUGACGCUCCAAACUCCUCUUUUUCAUCUAGACUAGAGAGCCUUCGCCUUGGCCAUAACCAAUUUGAAGCACAAAUUCUAGAGCCCAUCUCAAAGUAUAUCACGCUCAAAGAUCUCGAUCUUUUUUCCCUAAACAUAAGCCCCCCAAUUGACUUAAGGCUCUUCUCCUCUCUCAGAUCUUUGUUGAGCCUUCGUUUGUCCGGAAAUCAGUUAUCACCUGCCAGUUUAAGCGCACAUCCAGACAUCCCAUUGAACUUGAAAAGACUGGCCUUGUCAGGUUGUGGCAUUAGUCAGUUCCCAAACUUGUUAAAGAGCCUUCACAACUUGGAGAUUAUAGAUAUAUCCAACAAUAAUAUCAGAGGGAAAGUCCCUGAGUGGUUGUGGAACCUUCCUCGUUUGAGCAUAGUGAGUCUUUCUAAUAAUUCUUUCACAAGUUUUGAAGGUUCGGGAGAAGUUUUAGAGAACUCAUCGGUGAGGAUAUUAGAUUUGGCUUUAAACCAUUUUGAAGGACCACUUCCUAAUCCACCAUACUCUCUCAACCUCUUAUCAGCAUGGAACAAUAGCUUCACUGGAAACAUACCUCUUUCAACCUGCAACCGAACAUCUCUUACCAUUCUUGAUCUAUCCUACAACAACUUAACCGGUCCAAUUCCUCGAUGUUUGAGUAAUUUCCAAGAGUCUCUCAUUGUAGUGAACCUCCGGAAGAACAACUUGGAAGGAAGUCUUCCAGAUAUGUUCUCUGAUGGUGCCUUGCUUCGGACACUUGACGUUGGCUACAAUAAAUUAACCGGGAAGCUUCCAAGGUCUCUUCUGAAUUGCUCCUCGCUAAGGUUUGUAAGUAUAGACCACAACAGAAUCAAAGACACAUUUCCUUUCUGGCUUAAGGCUUUGCCUGAUUUACAAGCUCUUACCCUCCGUUCAAACAAAUUCCAUGGCCCUAUAUCUCCUCCUGAUCGAGGUCCUCUUGCGUUUCCCAAGCUGCGCAUACUUGAAAUAGCAGAUAACAACUUUACAGGAAGCUUGCCACCAAAUUACUUUGUGAACUGGGAAGCAUCAUUACUCCAGAUGAAUGAAGAUGGGAGAAUCUAUAUGGGAGACUACAACAAUCCUUACUAUAGUUACGAAGAUACAAUGGAUUUGCAAUACAAAGGUCUGUUCAUGGAGCAAGGAAAGGUCCUUACUUCAUACGCCACCAUUGAUUUUUCUGGGAACAAACUUGAAGGACAGAUACCCGAAUCCAUUGGUCUUUUGAAGGCAUUGAUCGCACUCAACUUAUCAAACAACGCAUUCACAGGUCAUAUUCCGCUGUCUUUGGCAAAUGUUACAGAGCUGGAGUCACUAGACCUCUCAAGAAACCAACUGUCAGGGAAUAUUCCUAAAGGACUCGGAAGCCUCUCGUUUUUGGCGUACAUAAGUGUGGCCCACAACCAACUCACAGGUGAAAUUCCACAAGGAACACAAAUCACUGGGCAACAUAAGUCCUCAUUUGAAGGGAAUGCAGGGCUUUGUGGUCUUCCUCUCGAACAAAGUUGCUUCGACCCUGGUGUGCCGCCGUUACAACCAAAGCAAGAAGACAAAGAAGAAGAAGGAGAGGUGUUGAACUGGAAAGCAGUGGCUAUAGGAUAUGCUUCUGGAGUGUUGAUUGGAUUGGCAAUAGCACAAAUCAUUGCUUCAUACAAACCAGAGUGGCUCGUCAAGACCGUUAGGAAUGUUUGGGUUUUGUGUUUGAUCUUUAAAUGUCUGUCAAGUAGUUCGUCUUCUUUUGUAAAUCGUCUUCUUUUGUAA